AUGGUAGCCACUCUUUCUGCUCGAAUGUUCCGAGCCACCGCUGUCGCGAGACCAUUGGCUCGAAGGACCUAUGCAACCUCUGUCACUGGAUAUGGAAAAGAGGUCGAGGGUUUCGUAGGUGCUGUAGGGAACACACCUUUGAUCCGACUUAAUCGAUUAUCGGAAGAGACAGGAUCUAACAUCCUCGCAAAAGCCGAAUUCAUGUCACCUGGAGGAUCGAUCAAGGACCGAGCGGCACUUUACCUUGUCAAAGAUGCGGAGGAAAAGGGACUUAUUAGACCCGGUGGUACCGUCGUGGAAGGAACUGCGGGAAAUACAGGUAUAGGAUUAGCACAUGUCUGUAGAUCAAAAGGAUAUCAAUGUGUGAUUUACAUGCCAGAUACCCAAAGUCAAGAGAAGAUUGAUCUUUUGAGAAUGUUAGGUGCAGAUGUCAGACCUGUUCCUGCCGUCGCAUUUGACAAUCCCCAAAAUUACAACCACCAAGCCAAACGAUAUGCCGAAUCAUUAGAUAACGCCGUAUGGACCAACCAAUUCGACAAUACCGCCAAUAGGAAUGCUCAUAUCCUCACUACCGGACCUGAGAUAUGGGAACAGACAAAUGGUGGGAAAUUAGAUGCCUUCAUCUGUUCGACAGGUACAGGUGGUACUCUUGCUGGUGUAGCUAGAUACUUGACCGAGAAAUCAAAUGGUAAAGUGGAAGCUUGGUUGGCGGACCCUCCUGGAAGUGUGCUUUACAAUUUGGUUGAGAAUGGAAAAUUGGAAAGAGUCGGUAAUGGAUCCAUCACUGAGGGUAUCGGACAAGGACGAGUGACUUCCAACCUCCAACCUGAUCUUUCCCUUUUAUCCGGUGCCAUCCACGUCCCAGAUUCAGCGUCUAUCAACAUGGUAUACAGAUUACUUCACGAGGAAGGUCUCUAUGUCGGUGCAUCUAGUGCUUUGAAUGUAUGGGCUGCAACAGAAUUGGCCAAAAAGAAAGGAAAGGGAAGUACGGUUGUGACUGUGCUUUGUGAUGGUGCUUAUCGAUACCAAGCCCGUCUUUUCUCUCGAGUAUGGUUAGAAUCCAAGGGUCUCGAUUCCCAUAUCCCAGAACACCUCCAAAAAUACAUUGUCCUUCCGUAA